UUGCCCUGUGUAAAGGCCCUGGUUCAGGAGAUGAGAAUCGCACCCAAGAUCACAUGGUCUUCUAAAGAAGUCAUGGGUAGCUGUUGUAGCUGUCCAGAUAAAGAAACUGUCCCAGAUAACCAUCGAAACAAGUUUAAGGUUAUUAAUGUGGAUGAUGAUGGUAAUGAACUGGGUUCUGGCAUAAUGGAACUUACAGAUACAGAACUAAUUUUGUACACCCGUAAAAGGGACUCUGUAAAAUGGCACUACCUCUGUCUCCGUCGCUAUGGCUAUGAUUCAAAUCUUUUCUCUUUUGAAAGUGGCCGAAGGUGUCAAACUGGACAAGGAAUCUUUGCCUUUAAAUGUGCCCGUGCAGAAGAGCUCUUUAAUAUGUUGCAAGAGAUAAUGCAGAAUAAUAGCAUAAAUGUGGUAGAAGAACCAGUAGUAGAAAGGAAUAAUCAUCAAACUGAGUUGGAAGCUCCAAGAACCCCUCGAACGCCUACCACUCCUGGGUUCAAUGCCCAAAGUUUACCUAACGGCUAUCCCAGAUAUCCAUCUUUUGGAGAUGCUUCAUCACAUCCUUCCAGCAGACAUCCUUCUGUCGGAAGUGCACGCCUCCCCUCUGUUGGUGAAGAAUCAACACAUCCUUUACUUGUAGCAGAGGACCAAGUACACACUUACGUCAACACUACUGGGGUACAAGAGGAAAGAAAAAGUCGAUCAAGUGUGCAUGCGCCAUUGGAAUCAAAGCUUUCAAACCCUGAAACAACUAAAGCAAAAGAAGAUCAGAUGUGUACUGAUGACAGAGAUGCUCAGGUUCUCCUGGAGCCUGAAGGAGUCAAGUUUGUUUUAGGACCAACACCUGUUCAAAGGCAAUUAAUGGAAAGAGAGAAACUGGAACAACUUGGGAGAGACCAAGUUAGUGGCAGCAGCACAAACAAUACUGAAUGGGACACUGGGUACGACAGUGAUGAACGUAGAGAUACACCAUCUGGUAAUAAACUGGUGUAUGAAAACAUAAAUAGGUUGUCAAUCCCUAGUGCCUCAGGGGUCAGGAGAGGUCGUUUGACAUCAACCAGUACCUCAGACACCCAGAACAUUAACAACUCUGCUCAGAGGAGAACUGCGCUGUUGAACUAUGAGAACUUGCCAUCCUUGCCUCCUGUUUGGGAAGCCCGUAAGCUGAGUAGAGAUGAAGAUGACAGUUUAGGACCAAAGACCCCAUCUCUAAAUGGCUACCACAAUAACCUAGAUCCAAUGCAUAAUUAUGUCAAUACAGAGAAUGUAACAGUACCAGCAAGUGCUCAUAAAGUAGAAUUUACGCGACGUCGGGACUGUACCCCAACAGUCUUUAACUUUGACAUUAGGCGUCCAAGUUUAGAACACAGGCAGCUCAACUACAUACAGGUUGACUUGGAAGGUGGUAGUGACUCCGACAACCCUCAGACUCCAAAAACCCCCACCACUCCACUUCCGCAGACUCCAACCAGGCGCACAGAGCUGUAUGCUGUGAUAGACAUUGAAAGAACUGCUGCUAUGUCAAGCUUGCAAAAAGCACUGCCCCGAGAUGAUGGUACUUCUAGGAAAACUAGACAUAACAGUACUGACCUGCCUAUGUGAGCCUGGGAAGCGUUAAAUCAUUUGCACCUUUUGUGAAGUUUAUAGAAUUGAAGAUGCAAGUAUUUUGCAUUUCUUAACACUAACGCCUUUUAUAGACUAAUAGAACUUUUUCUGCCUACUUCAUGUACUUGUCUAACUAAGGGGAAUUAAUGUAGAGCAAGUAUUCAUUUAGAUAACACUAUUUCAUUCUACGGUAGUAGUAAUUACUGCAUAGCAGCAUCACCACCUUUCACAGUGCCUCUUUAAAUUGAUUAGACUCCGAGUGACAUGCCAGUUUUGAAUUUAUAAGUAUUCUGGUCUGGUGCCUAUACUCGUUAAUGACAUUUAUAACACUUUUUUAAAGCCUCUUUGAUAUGUGCAUUACUAGCAGGUAAACCUAAUCUUUCAAAAUACCUAUCUUGCAUUCAUUCCUCAUUGAAGUGGCUCCUCCAGAAUGAAAUGUAUGUUAAUGCAUUAACUCACUCGGUUUGACGUACACAAGAUAUAUUGGUUCAUCUCAAGGGGUAUAAACACCACACCUUUUUUGUCUUUUUUUGUUUGGUUGGUUUUGGUUUGGUUUUUUGUUGGGUUAUUUUGUUUUUUGGUUUGUAUUGUUUUGUAUUAGACCACAUAGACAAGAAGGCCUAUAAUUCCUUAGUUUUCUUAACUUGUGUGAUAUUUGAGAGGUCACAUCAAAGUCUGUUGAUCAGAGCUAUGAACGCAUCUAAACCCAACCUUAAGCUCCUUCCACUAGAAGAGAAUUCAGAGUGGUGUAUCAAGUUCCCUGUGAAAUCUGACAACUUUAAUGUCAUUAGAGUUUGUUUUUUGUGAAGAAAUUCACAGAUUUGCUCUAUGAAUUAAGGCUCUCUUGUCAUUUCUUAGUUCAGUGUGCCUUCCUUCCUUUGUAUGUGUGUGUUUCUUUUUUACCUGUUCGAUAAUGUCUUGUUUUGAAAGUCAACAUUUUGUACAUAGCUUUAAUUAUUGUUCAGGGUCAUUAUGUGUUUGUCUUACUCUGCAUUUGACAAAGAAAGACUCUUGAAGGUCAAAUGGUUGUCUUUGUCCAGUGUUCUACGUUUAUAUGCCUGACAGAGAUAUCCCAGCUCUCCAGCAACAUGCAUGAUUGCACAACUGGAAAGGUUUAUUAUGCAGUUAUUGUCUUCCUCUAACACAUCAGUCACAGGUUACAUGGGAGGCAGGGUACUGGACUUGAUAGUUCUUUAUAGAAAAUUGUACAUCCUAACAGUGUGCAUCCAUAGUUGAUAGUAUACUUUAAUUUAGAAAGAUAUGUAGUAAAUUAUCUGAAGGUAGUAUUAUCUAUGAGCAUACUUCUUUUCCUUUUGCAGUUGGUGAACUUGGUUUCAGUGAUGGCUGCUUAGUGUAACAGGUACAUCCAGGUAGAAUGUUGUUUGUUGAGUUUGCCAGAUGCACCCUUAACAGAAGUUUUUUGUUUUGUUGUUUUUCUAAUACUCUGAAUAAUGUUAGAAUUCUGGCAGUAUUGCAGGUGCACCUUGGUACUAGCAGCAGAGGAGAUUAAUCUUGAGCCUGUGAUUGCAAAGGAAAUGACACUUCUGUGAACUGGUGUGAUAUAAAAUAAUCCUUAAACUGUGAGUGAGAAAAACGUGCAAGAAAAGCCAUUUGGAGAUCUGUAAAAUAAUUAAGGGUCUUCAUGCAAUAUCUGAAUUUAAGUUUUGUAACAAACAAACUAUGAUUAUUUUCUGUCUUUUAAAUUGGUGUUCCCUGUUCCUUUGUUAACUUUUUCUUUGGUCUUCUCUCACUUUAGUAGUGGCAGCACUAAUAGCACCUGAAACACGUGUCUUGCCACACCAUUAAAGGGAUACCAGGCAACCUUUA